AUGGCUGUCGAAGCGCCUGUCUCAGCUGCCCCGCUGCAUUCGGCCGACGGUACCCUCCGCGACUCGCCAAAAGGCUCCGCAAAACGCCGGAGAGUCAGCCCCAUUGGAACAUCGACGCCUGUCCACGACAACUCUGGUAACGCCACACCGACCAGAUCGUCACCCAAUCCGACCGCUGAAUCAGGAAAGAAAGACAAAAAGCUCGACAGGGAGAGGAGCGACUCGAAGGACAGUGCCCGGGUUCGCGAUAAAGAUCGCGAGUCUCGCCUCCCUGCUUGCGAGGCAUGCAGGACCCGCAAAGUCAAAUGCGAUGCACUGCUGCCCGCAUGUACGCCGUGUCAGAAGUCGGGCCGCGAGUGCUUUGGUCGCGACAAAGUACCCAAUGUCUCCCGCGGGUUGGUAUACGAACUGCAGCAGAAGGUCAAGGACCUGGAGAGCAGGCUCGCCCUUGCUUCGUCAGGCGCCGCGACCAACGGCUCGUCUUCCAAGCGCGGCGGCCCAACCUCAGCGGACGACGAUGAUGCGGCCAGCGAUGCAGCCGAGACCAAUAUAGCCUCGUCUUCACGGCUACAGCCGCCCGGACCUCAUCAGCACAAGCGUGGCCGUCAUGGGUAUGGAAGGUUGCACAUGGCUGAUGCAUCGCUGGACUCCGGCGAUGAGUCCUCCUCGACCGAAAGCACCUCAUCCUCAGACACCUCGCCGAAGCCAUCGCCCAACGACUUUGUUCAGCAGACAAGCACCAUCCUCGAGACCUUAUCCUCCGACCUGACCGGAUCAACCCACCUCCCCCGACCGGCUUCGACAACACGGCCCACCACACAGACACUCGACGACGACGAGGCCUCCGCUCUCACUGCCCUAUCUAAGCAUCACAAGGAUCGACGAACACGAUCACCGCAUCGCCUCAAGCGUCGGUCGUCCUCCAAUGCUUCACGGCACCGCGAAGAUGCGAGCUCGUAUCUUUCCGGCUCGCUGCGGCUCCGGGAAGCCUCGACACCAUUGCCGUUCAAGUCGAGGUCCAGGACAGGCCGCUUUGGGACCAUUUCGGCGUACGAGCGGGCCUUCUUCGAUCGACUCAUUGCGAGGUACCUCACCUACAUGAACACAGCCCUUCCGCUCAUCAACGACGUUCGGCUACACCAGAUCGCCACGUCCGUGUACCAGGACGACGAGCGAUCGCGUCUCUCGGCUAUGGCAGCGACGUCGUACGAUACGAUGCCGCCGCCGCCCAUCCCGCCAAUGUCGGCGUCGGAUCGCGUCAUGCUGUCGAAGCACCGGUAUGUGGUGCUUAUGGCGCUCUCCAUUGCGCUAGCCUCGCUCAGCCGCUCGCACAAUUUCAGCCCAGAGCUCAGAAGGCUAGGUCACCAGUACUGGGCCGAGGCGCAGGCGCUCUUCCCGGUCCUCUUCCGCUUCGGCGACAUUGACAAGCUGCGAGCCACGCUGCUUCAGCUUCAGUACGCGCUCCUGGUCCCGUCGGCAGGCAGCGUGUGGGAGCUGUCCGGAGCGGCAAUCCGACUGGUGACGGAAUUGAAUCUGCACGUCGACCGGGACUACGACUCGGCAACGAAUGCGGCCUUUUCGCAGGAAACGAUCGAUCUUCGUCGCCGUCUGUUCUGGACGACAUACUGUCUGGAUCGAAGCUUGGCAGUGGCUCUGGCGAGGCCACCGGGUCUGUCGGACGCGUGGAUCCACGUGCAGUUGCCGAGUUUGUGCUCGGACACUGACCUGCUCCAGCUGGACCGCGAGUCCAAGACGCCAGGCCAGGAGCAACUGCGGGUCGACUGGCAGAAGCAGAUCUUCCGCUCGCACAUCAACCUGCGCCGCGUGCAGUCGGAGAUUCUGUGCCGCCUACACAGCGUCAAUCCACGCGACUACUCGCUCGACAACGAUGGUGUUAGCUUGACGCAGCCUGCUCCAGCUCGGCCUUCGCUUGCGCUGGUAAUGGAGGUCGGCCCUCCGACGCCGAACAUCGAGUGGCAGACGAGAAUGAUGGAGAAGCUUGCGGAGUGGAGGUCCGAGUACGAGAUCAUCCGCAUGCCGGCACCCGCUACGGAGCGCACUGCGCAGGGAGACGGAGUCGCGUCCAAGGCGACGCCGUUCAUCACGCGUGACUGGAUCGACCUAAACCACAAUCUCACCAUUUCGCUGCUAUUCCGACCAUCGCCAAACAAUCCGCGACCCGACUCGAACGGUCUGCAGCAGGCGUUCAUGGCGUCCGGCCGCGCGAUGAAGAUCUACAAGAGCAUGCACAGGGGCUCGACGAUCAACUUCCCGUGGCUCGCGACGCACCAUCUGUUCAUCUCGGGCUUGACGCAUCUGAAUGCGCUCGAGAAGCUCACGCGAACCGGCAUGGCGUGUCCAAGCCCGGUUGUCGAGGUGGUGUUCAACGUGCAGAGCUGCGCGAGCACGCUCGAGGCACUCACGUCGCGCAACGACGGGUACGGUGUCAAGGUCCGCGAUACGUUUGAUGCGGCAGCGUCGGCGGUGCUCAGGUCGGUGCUGGAUCCAGGCACUCGACAGACGGCGGCCACAGGAGCGAUGGAAGGAGCAGUGCAGGAUCUGGAAGGCUUCAUGAGGUCGAGCGUCGACUCGCUGCAGGGCGGGCAGGCAAGGCAGGCGAAUCGAGCCUUCCUGGAAACGGGCGGGCUCAGGAGGGCAUCGCAUCACGAGAUAAUGCAGGCUGCGGCUCAGCAGCACCCGACGUGGCUGUCGGACUCGACGUGGAACUCGAUCAACGCCAUCGACGCAGCGCCCCCGCCUGGAUCGACUAUCUUUGUUGCCGCACCGCCCAGGACUGGCAGAUUUGGCACGCCGGGACACAGCAUGGUGCCGACGCUCAGCGAGCGAACGACGCAGAGCAUGCACGCUUCUGCCGGACCGAGCGUUGGAGCGACAGCAGGCCAGAUGCAGGCCGCAGGUGCGUCACCCAGAGGAUUUGGCGUGCAUCCGUACGCGGCUGGGAUCGCACCCAGUGCAGCUGGAUUCGCAAAGAACGCAAACUCGGACGGCGACCUGCUUCAAAAUGGUAGUGCAGCAGCUGGUGUGCCGUUCGAAACGGGAGCAAGGGACAAGGAACCCGAGACCGAAGUUGGGCAAGAGGAAAGGACAGCAUCGACGUUCGGAUUUCACAACUGGUUGUUGCAGCCGUACGAAGGCGGCGCGGACGGAUUGCAGUUCGGCUACAUCCAGAACAAUGCGUUUGGAGCAACGACGAGCGGAGGAGUGUUUGGCGCAUCCAACUCGCCUUCGAUGUAUGCGGGUGCGGAUCCGUUCCAGUACGCAGAUGCGGGGCAGACUGCGUUUGCAGCACAACAGAAGCCAGCCGCGCAGGCCGAGACAGAUGCCUCGACGCUGCUCGACUUUCUGUCCAUGCUGCCAGCCGCCUCGCCGCGGGGAGCGGGCGCCAAUGGCAGUCCGGCGGGAGCGGCGAGCAAACAGUAG